GAAAAAAAAAAAAAAAUCAAAAAUGGACCCGAUAACUUUAACAGCGGGGUAGGAAGAGAGAGAAAAAAGCAAGUCUGGCAGCGGUCGAUAUUAAAAACAUGCAGAGGGAGACAAGCUCGGGGCCUUCCAGAGUCAGGAAAAAGACUUCGGAGAGCUGCGGACAGGAGAUGGGUAUGGCAUUUCUAUUCUCCCUCUGCCCAUUGAUUUGUAUAUGAAAACAUAGCGCUUUUUAUUCUCCCCCCUUCUGGGCUCUCCGCUUCUGAGUGAUCAGCUGAUGAAGAGACUAGCAGCUCGCCGCUAUGCUGGCUUGCUAAUUCUCUCCCCCACAGCUGCAGCCGAUCCUGAUAACCAGCCUGCAGAUUGCACUCAGCCCGAGUCCCGAGAGAACGGUUCCCUGGAGGAGAUGGAAGAGGACAUCGGUCUGAAAAAGCGUAAAAGCGAUCAGCCCGGGGAGAAAGAGCUGCGGGGCACGCAGGAGACGGGUGAAAAGGUGAAGAGGAAGCGAGGACGCCCGCCGGCUGAGAAGCUGCCUCCAAAUCCACCUGAGCUCACCAGAACGCUGAGCACGCUGGUCGAUAUGGUCAUCAACUACAAGGACGGCGUGGGUCGACAGAUCAGUAAGGGCUUUGUGCAGCUUCCCUCCAAGAAGGAGGUACCCGAGUACUACGAGCUGAUCCGGAAACCUGUGGACUUCAGGAGGAUCAGGGAACGUGUUCGCAAUCACAAGUACAGAAGUGUGGGCGAUCUGGAGAAGGAUAUUUUCCUCCUUUGUCACAACGCGCAGACCUACAACCUGGAGGGAUCUCAGAUCUAUGAGGAUUCAAUCGUCAUUAAGUCUGUGUUUGAGAGCGCGAGGCAGAGAAUCGUCACCGACGAGGGACAGAAAGGAAAUGUCAGCGGCGGUCACAGCGAUAACGGCGCCGGAGCUGAAGACCAAUUUCUUUCGUCAGCAGUGAAACCAUUACCACCAGUCCAGCAGAAGAAGGACGAUCAGGAGGAGAGUAGCAGAAACGUCACAGAGAAAAGGCCCCAGCGUCAUUUAGACAGCGACGACGAUCUAGAGGAUAAAACCACUAAAGAUGAAGGUUGAACUGAGAGGCUUUCUGUGUUUUUGUUUUUGUUUUUGUACUCCGGUUCAUAUCUGUUCUCUUCCUCUUCCAUUUCAACAGCUCCGUCAUUUUCUAAGAUAAAGAAGGGUCAUUGAAAAAGAAAAUACACAAAACCCCUCAAAGAAAGGUCCAAAAUGGAUCCAUUUUUAUAGAUGACUCACGCCACUCCAACAUGUCUUGCUGCAUAUUGUGGACUUUUUACCUGCCUUAGUCCCUGUGGUCGCUUCUGCAAAUAUUCUGUCAAAUCCCUGGUUUCACUCACUGACUGUUUUUAAUCCAUACAUUUGAUUGUAUAAAAUGCCUUCAUUCGUCUUGGAGCAUGUAUAUUUCUCUUGGAGCUGAUGAUGACGUUGAUGAGUCAGGGGCUGGAGAUUUGAAGCACACAAGAAAGUCUUUUUUUUUUGAAGAAAAUAACAAGAAAUGAAGACUAAAAAAAAAUCUGUAGUUUCAUUUAAGAGAUGAUACGUCUUUGAUAAAAGUUGAAGUACGCAGUCAAAGACUUGUUUUAGUACCAACAGCAGUACUUUUGCCUGUUUUUGAUACUUGAUGGAGUAAGUUUGGGUCUGAUUAAGGGUACUCCAGUUGAACAUUUUUAUCCCUUGUGCUACAGUAUAUUCACAUAUUGUACAGUUUGUGUGAAAAGUAAGUAAAAAAAAGUCUUUUCAUUUACUCUCCUGGUUGUUUUGGGAGGUUGGAAGACAUCGUUGUUGAGACAAUCCCUUGAAACAUGUAUUACUUAAACACCUGGGAAAUAAAUUUUACCCAAAGGUU